CGGAAUUCGGGAUAUAUAAUAUUCAAGGACGAAAAGAGCUUCUAGAAAAUAUGAAUUUAAAGAAUAAAGAUAAGUUGAAUAAUGUAUCUUCGACAUACACGGAUGCAUAUCUUCUUUAUAUAAAUAAAGACAAAGACCAAGACAACGCUGACGAAAUUAAAGAAUCGUUAACAUUUACAAAUAUUACAAUGAAAGAUGAAAAUAAUACAACUAAACCAGCAACAAUCCAAUAUGACAUUAUAAAAAAUAAGAGCAAUAUAACCAGUGUUACUCUUCUUUAUAACAAUGAAAGAAAAACUAUAGAAAACCUUAAAACAACUUUAAAUAAAACAAUUUUUCAAAAUUCAAAAAUUCAUGAAACAAAUAACAAUAUUUCUUAUAUUACAAACAAAAUAAACAAUGACACAACCGAAACAAAAAUAUUAUUAUCAUAUAAGGCUAAAAAAACUACGUUAAAAGCUUUUAAAGGUAAUAUGUCAAACAACGCUGAUACAAAGAAAUUUAUAAAUAAAAUCAGCAAAAGUACUGUAUAUUCUGAACAAACAAAUCCUCUUUCAACCUCAUCUGUAAAAAAUACUACUCGGUUGAAACAUUGUGACAAUGUCAAUGGAAAUACAACAAAAGUCCCUUCGAUAUAUACGAAUAAAAUAUUUACGUCUGACAUGUUGAACGAUACUGAUUUCAAUAACGUUAUAUAUAAACAUAGCACAAAAAGCGAUUUAUAUUUAGAAGACUCACAACCUCUUAGAAUUUCGUCAUUUAAAAAUACUAAGCAAUUGAAACGAAUUAUCAAUAAAAAAGGAAUUACAACUAACAUCUCAGUGACAUAUACGACGAUGCCUUUAAAUAUAAAAAACAAAAAGGAAGACAAAAUUAUACUUCAAAAAUCUUCAAUAUUCACAAAUUUUACAACGAAAAAUGAAGCAAACAUAAAUAAUAAUUAUGCAAGAAAACCAAUAAAAUUUGAUAUUGAAAAAAAUAAGAUCAGCAUUGACUUUUAUGAGAAUGACAGAAAGAAAAUAAACAAUGUUACACAAAAGGUUACGAUAUUUCAAAAAAAGCAAGUGACUGUAAAAAACAUUAAAAUAAAUUUAAAUACCGCAAGUCAUCAACAAACAAAUGACAAUAUUUUUUACAAUACGAAUAAAACAUACGAUAGUAAAACCGAAAUAACAAUGCCAUCAUCAUAUACGACUAACAGAACUACAUUCAUACCCUCCAAGGUUAAUAUGUCAAAUAAUACUGAUAAUAAUGUUAUAGAUACAUUCAAUAAUAAAAGCACUGUGAAUUUAGAAGAAACACCUCUUCCAACUUUAUUUUUAAAAGAUACUACACAAUUGAAAUUAAGUGCCAAUAAUAAAAGAUAUACUACUAAAAUCCCACUAACAUAUACAAAAAUGACCACUACGUCUAAAACAUUCGAGGCUAACAUGCCAAACGAUUCGGAAAUUAAGAACCUUAUGUAUAAAUUCAACACGAAAGAUAUGGUAUAUUCAGAAGCACAGUUAUCCCUUCUUCCAAUUUCAUAUUUAAAAAAUACUACAUUAUUGAAAGAAAAUGUCUACGACAAAGAAUAUGCACCCAAAAUCCCAUUACAAUACACGAAGAGGAGCACUACGUUUGAAGCAUUCAAGGGAUACAUGACAAACUAUAAUGAUAUCAAAAACUUAAUGUUUAAAUUAAGCAAUGAAAGCGCAGUAUACUCAGAAAAAGGACCUCCUCUAACUCCAAGCUUCAACUAUACUAACCAAUGGCAACAAAAUACUAAAAGCAUAAAAAAUGGAGAUAAAAAACAUGUAACACAUACGACGAUUUUAAAUAUUAUUAAAAAUAAAAACCAAAAUAAAGAAAGUAAAAUUAAGAUUAAAAAAUCUUUAAAAAAUAUAUCAUUAGAAGAUGAAAAUAACACAAAUAUAAGUACUGCAAAAAAACUACAAAAAAAAUAUCAUGACAUUGUACACAAUAAGAACAAUAUUGAAUUUUAUGAUACUAAAAAAGACAAAAUAUCUAACUUAACCAUACAAAAGGGUAAAUUAUAUCAAGAAGAUAAUACGACCAUAUCAAACAUACCCUUAUCGCAUAUGUAUAAGUUUGACAAUAAAAGCAUUGUAUAUUCAGAAGGAGUACGCUCUCUUCCAACUCCAACAUUGAAAUAUACUAAACAUUUAAAAGAAAUCGCUAAUACCAAAGAUAAUACAUUAACAAUCCCAUCAACGUAUACAAGCACUUCGUUUAACGCUAACAUAUCAAAUAAUAUUGAUAACAAGAACUUUACGUAUAAUUUUAACAAUAAAAAUACAAUAUAUUUUGAAGAAAUCCCUCAUCAAACAACAAUUUUAAAACACAGUAAUAUAUUGACGCAAAUUGAUAAUAGUAAAAUAAAUACCCCAUAUAAAAAUGUUACAUUAACUAAGUCUCUGCCUGUUAAACCACUUAUGGAUAAAAUAAAUAUAACAAAUAAAAAUUACAGUCAAAUGAUUACAAAAGUCGAACAAAAAACCAGCAAAUUCAAUUAUAUUAACAAUUUGUAUUAUAAAGAUAAUCUAAUUAAUAGUGUUACAAAAGAAUUAAAAGUAUCUCAUACCUAUGAGACACUACAUACACAAAUUUAUACAAGAUCUACAUUGAAAGUUCUAAAGAAAGCUAAAACAAUUAAAUACAAUACAUAUAAACCUACUGAAGAAGAUACCGAGUUCAAAAUAAAACCUUUGACAGUGCCCUCUAAUAAAAUAUCCCAAAAACAAUUGCAACUACAUUAUUUACUAUCUACAAAAUCAAUGGGAGAUAAUAUGAAGACAAAAAAAAUAUCCAUGAAAACAAAUGUUUCUAAAAAAAUUGAUUUAUUUAAAUCAAAAACGACAAAAAGUCCACAUAGUAUAAUUCGCCACGAAGUAGAAACAAAAAAUGCGAAAAGGAUGAAUUCGCUCGAUGAAAGUCUAUUAGACCGAUUUCGAAAACCAAACCUUUAUCCUGCAGUGAAAAAGCCUUCAAUUAAACGCAGAAAGGUAAUGAAAAGAUUACGUCUAUCGAAUAAGGAAAAAGAUAUUCCGACUAUAAACACAAAUGAUAUUUUCUCACUCAGGAAAAAUGCACAUUUGUUACAAAAAUCACCUCAGUCUCUUUACAAGGACCUUAUAUCAAAUCCCGCCACAGCAAUACCAAAACAAUAUAUAAUACAUCCGAAAUUUAGUAAAAUUGACGCAGCAAUUAAACUAAGACAGGAAUAUAUGAGGCCUAAGCCACUAUUUCUGGCGUAUGACAAAGAUUUUUAUAGGGAUGACUAUCAAACUCAUCACCAUAGCAAAGCGCUUUCCUUGCGGGAGAAAGUUAAUCAUAUCAGAGAUUCUUUACGUAAACCUUCGUCGGACGUUCAAGAGCAGGCCGUAAUAGAACGACCCACGUAUCUUUCUAAAAACUCUAAACCAAAAUUUUUACGAGACAGGAUAUACUCCAUCAGGAACUAUCUUCAUAAUAAUGACUUUGUAAGGUCGACACAAUUUCCUAUUAAGCAUUAUUUGGAAGAGACCUCGACCACAUACAGUCCCUACAUAGAUCCCUUGUACUAUUUCCGGAGAAGUGGCUGGUACGAGGUGAGGACUUCUACUCAAGACCCGACCACCGUCAGACCGACGAGAAGAAAAAGAAGAACUAUAUAUUUUUUAAGUCCAACUGUACCAUAUUAUCGUUAUUUUUGA